AUGAGGGAGCGACCUGGGCGACACGUGACCGCCCCCCUCCUCUCCCAUUCAUCAGGGCUGGACUGUGUUGUCUUUUCAAUUCAUUUAUCUGCAGGAAUGAUUGCGACUAUCAGUCUAGAGCUCACCGCCUGGCUGAGGAGGUGAAAGUUGCGCCACAGGAAGAUAAACCGCAAAAGACAAUAUUACGUGUAUGUACAUGAUUUUGCGUGUGCAUCCGAUGCGCGUUGUAUAGGGGGAAUUUCGCGCGUCGCAAAAAAAAAAAAGUAAACAGAAAAUCGGUGGAUUCGAGUUUGCUCAGUCCAGUGAGGUCUAAGAGUAUAGCCACAGAGAGGGGGAGGAAGAUUAUCUGCUGGUGGUUUUUUGAUUCCUGCCCUCAGUCGUCUCGGCAGAGUGUAGACUGAAGAUGCUCCUGGACGCGGGACCGCAGUAUCCCACCAUAGGAGUCACUACUUUCGGCUCCUCGCGGCAUCACUCAACAGGCGAGGUGACGGAGAGAGAAGUGGCGCUGGGGAUAAACCCGUUCGCGGACGGGAUGGGCGCCUUCAAGAUCAACCACGGCUCCCACGACCUGGGCUCCGGACAGACGGCGUUCUCCUCGCAGGCGCCCGGCUACGCGGCGGCGGCGCUGGGACACCACCACCACCCCACGCACUCCUACUCCACGGCCGCCUUCAACUCCACCAGGGACUUUCUUUUCAGAAACAGGGGCUUCGGGGACGCGGCCGGGGCGCAGCACAGCCUGUUCGCCUCCGGGAGUUUCGCCGGGCCGCACGGACACUCGGAUGCGGCGGGGCACCUGCUGUUCCCCGGGCUGCACGAGCAGGCGGCCGGACACGCGUCCUCCAACGUGGUGAACGGCCAGAUGCGGCUGGGUUUCUCCGGGGACGUGUACGGCCGGGCCGAGCAGUACGGACACGUCACCAGCCCCAGGUCCGACCACUAUGCGUCCACGCAGCUGCACGGCUACGGCCCCAUGAACAUGAAUAUGGCCGCGCACCACGGAGCGGGGGCCUUCUUCAGAUACAUGCGGCAGCCCAUCAAGCAGGAGCUCAUCUGCAAGUGGAUCGAGCCGGAGCAGCUGACGAACCCCAAAAAGUCGUGCAACAAAACUUUCAGCACGAUGCACGAGCUGGUGACCCACCUGACCGUGGAGCAUGUGGGGGGACCGGAGCAGACCAACCACAUCUGCUUCUGGGAGGACUGCUCCAGGGAAGGGAAGCCCUUCAAAGCCAAAUACAAACUCGUGAAUCAUAUCAGAGUACACACCGGAGAAAAACCCUUUCCGUGUCCGUUCCCUGGUUGUGGCAAAGUAUUUGCACGAUCGGAAAAUCUAAAAAUUCACAAAAGGACUCACACGGGAGAGAAGCCUUUUAAGUGUGAGUUUGAAGGCUGCGACAGGCGAUUUGCAAACAGCAGUGAUCGCAAGAAACACAUGCACGUCCACACGUCGGACAAGCCAUAUCUCUGCAAAAUGUGCGACAAGUCCUACACACACCCCAGCUCCCUCCGAAAACACAUGAAGGUCCACGAAUCCACCAAUCCGGCGUCGCAGCCUUCUCCAGCGGCCAGUUCAGGGUACGAGUCCUCCACGCCCCCCACCAUAGUGUCCCCGUCCACAGAGAACCAGAGCAGCAGCUCCAUAUCACCAGCAGCCUCCGCAGUCCACCACACAGCCAGCCACGGCACCCUGUCGUCAAAUUUCAAUGAAUGGUACGUGUAAAUAUUUUUGAAAAAAAAAGAAGAACAAAAAACAGAAAGAGCAAAGGAAAAAAAAAGACUGCAGAAUUUUAAAAGAAACAACAACAAAAAAAAACUGCUUGAACUUUUGAAAAGUCAGCCUGUGAAACGUGGACUGGGAAAAAACCCAGGAGGCCCAAACGAUCAGUUAAAGGCCGUUUUUAAUGCAUGGACAAAAAGGACGCACGGACAGCCACCAUGUUAACCCCCCCCUCCUCCUCCAAUAUUUCUUUGACUCCUUAUUUUUACUGAAAGACUGCUUUAAAAAAAAGAGGAGAUCUCCAAAAAAGCAUGCUAUCUCCGGGUAGAGGCCUGAUUUUUUUUCUUUUCUUUUCUUUUUGUCUUUUCUUUCUUUUUUGUACAUAAGGAUUUCACCAAGUUGGGGAAAAAUGUAAUAUUCUAUUUUGUAAAUAAUUCUAUUACAAUUUAAGGGAAUUUGUGAAAAUGUGCUCUCGAGAUAUUAUGGAGAAACGAGAUGGUUUUAAGAAUAUUGCGAUGGACAGAUUUGAUUGAAGAGAAUGUUAUAGUUGUGUACCAAAUGUGAAUUAUUCAGUAUUACUACAGUCUACACGUCGACCUAACCGACUCUUAGUAUUAAUGUGCUUUUGUAGCCUAUCCAGUGCAACAUUUUCGUCCAAGGUCCAAGUUUUGAGUAGCACACAGUAUCAUUGUUGUUAUUUAAUGUCAUGUCGAGAAAAAAAAUCGUGUAGUGCAAGCCUGAAAAUCCGUGUCAAUCUGUUUAUGUACGUGAUAAAUAUAAAUAUCUGUCAAUUGCUUUGUCUGAAAGGAAGUAUUAUUCCAUGUAAGUAGCUCAAUUUUCCAUAUUUAUCCGCAUGUAAAGGACCGGCAACAUGUUAGAAAUGAUCGGUAUUUAUGGAGAAAUGCGCUCGUAUGUAAAAUUUAGUUUACAAAAAGAAUUGUUUGGAUACAUUUCGUACUAUAUUAAAGGAUUA